AUGGACUCACCUCCCUUCAGACCAAAGCCCAUUCCCGCCCACCUCAUCAACGGCCACUCGCCGCUCGCACAGUCCUCUAGGGUCGAAGACAAAGACAAAGCUACCGAAAUGCGCGACCGAAAAGAGCGAGACAAUCUCUACUCUUCUAUCGAAGCCUCGAACCGCGGGCGCCAGGUCGUCAAUUUCGACGGCCCGGACGGCUACUUUCCCAAGACCUCUACAAGCGCCGACGCCGACGGCCACGAUGCGCAUCAUGAAUACGAACUAGUACACAGCGGUAUCGACGUCGAGGGUUACGUGGAUGAGCACGCUGCGAAGACGCCGCUAGCCACCAGUCGGGCGCACAGUCCUUACACUCAGCAUCCGACCAUCGAUUUCGAUGGCUUGAGCUGGCCGAGCAAAGGAACCCGCGAACGGAAAGAAGCCACUGCCGAAGAAAAAGAACAGCGGUUGGCGAAGCUGUCCGGCGCCGUGCGAACCAUUCUAGAGUGCAUUGGAGAAGAUCCCGACCGUGAAGGCCUGCUAGAUACCCCUGACCGCUACGCAAAAGCGCUGCUCUUCUUCACAAAGGGCUACGAGGAGAACUUGCGCGAGAUCGUAAACGGUGCUGUUUUCCACGAAGACCAUGACGAGCUGGUCAUAGUGAAGGACAUUGAGAUUUUCUCACUGUGCGAGCACCACCUCGUACCGUUUACUGGCAAGAUGCACAUUGGAUACAUACCCAACCGCCGUGUGAUCGGCCUCUCCAAGCUGGCUCGCAUCGCUGAAAUGUUCGCCCGUCGCCUGCAGGUCCAGGAACGCCUUACCAAACAAGUCGCACUUGCUCUCUCCGAAAUGCUUCAGCCCCAGGGCGUGGCCGUUGUAGUAGAAUCGAGCCAUUUUUGCAUGGUGAUGCGGGGAGUGCAAAAGACCACGGCAAGCACCACCACCAGCUGCAUGCUCGGUCGUAUGCGGUCAACUGCUAAAACCAGGGAAGAAUUUCUGAACCUAAUCAAGCGAAACUAG